AUGGCGUCCUCCUCCUCCUCCGCGCCGCUCGUCGUGACGUUCGUGACCGGGAACGAGAACAAGCUCAAGGAGGUCCGCGCGAUCCUGGGCGCGGACGACGGCGGCGGCGGCGGCGGCGCGGGCGCGGCGGGCGCGUCGGACGUCGCGUCGACGUUCGCGCUCCGAUCGCAAAAGGUGGACCUCCCGGAACUCCAGGGCGAGCCCGAAGACAUCGCGGCGGAGAAGGCCAAGCUCGCCGCGCGCGCCGUCGGCGGGCCGACGCUCGUGGAGGACACGUCGCUGUGCUACGUCGCGCUGAAGGGGCUCCCGGGGCCGUACGUCAAGUGGUUCCUGGACAAGCUCGGGCACGAGGCGCGUCGCGCGUUGGGUCUCUGCAAGCUGUUAGCCGGGUACGAAGACAAGCGCGCGUACGCGCAGUGCGUCUUCGCGUACGCGGAGGGACCCGCGGACGAACGCCCGAGAGUGUUCGUGGGACGGACGGACGGGAAGAUCGUGGACGCGCGCGGGCCGAGCGACUUUGGGUGGGACCCGGUGUUUCAGCCGGAGGGGCACGAGGAGACGUACGCGGAGAUGGACAAGGCGGUGAAGAAUUCGAUCUCGCAUCGGUACCGCGCGCUGGAGAAAUUCCGCGCGUUCAUCGUCGAGAAGACGUCGGGAUAG